GCCCCCCCCCCCCAGUUCAAACCUUAGUUCUAAGCAUAGGGCUGAGAAUCCUACUACUCAGAAUGACGUUGGUGAUGUUCACGGACUGUUCAUCAUCUACGACGGCGGCGGCUCUUCUUCUUCCCUCAAGCAGAUAUAGAGUCCAACGCAGCGUCCUUCAUUCUCUCCGGUCGAUGCCCCUACAGUUCGCUCCUGUUAAACCUAUCCUGCUCAGGACCACCGCCACCAUCAGUCACGCAUCAGCUUCUCCCUCUAUCGUCACCGCUGCAAUUGCUGCUAAAACCUCUGCAAAGAUCAUUGAUGGGAAAUCAAUUGCAAAGCAAAUCAGAGAUGAGAUAACUGUUGAAAUAUCGAGGAUGAAGGAUACGGUUGGUGUUGUUCCAGGAUUAAUAGUUAUUCUAGUGGGUGACGGGAAGGAUUCUGCAACUUAUGUACGCAACAAGAAGAAAGCUUGUGAAUCUGUGGGGAUCAAUUCCUAUGAAGUGCACUUGCCUGAAGACUCCACAGAACAGGAAGUGCUUAAGCAUAUCUCAGGCUUCAAUGAUGAUCCCUCUGUACACGGAAUUCUUGUUCAGUUACCUCUUCCUUCUCAUAUGAAUGUGCAGAAUAUCUUGAAUUUUGUUUGCAUUGAGAAAGAUGUGGAUGGAUUCGACCCACUUAACAUUGGACGCCUUGCCAUGCGUGGUAGAGAGCCCUUAUUUGUUUCAUGUACACCUAAAGGAUGCAUAGAGCUGCUACAUCGAUAUGACGUGGAUAUCAAGGGAAGGAGGGCUAUUGUGAUUGGCAUGAGCAAUAUUGUUGGAACGCCAGCUGCUCUAUUGUUGCAGAGAGAAGAUGCUACUGUCAGCCUUGUCCAUUCCAGAACCAAUAAUCCGGAGGAGAUCACAAGACAAGCAGAUAUCAUCAUUGCUGCUGUAGGGCAAGCAAACAUGGUGAGGGGUAGUUGGAUAAAGCCUGGUGCUGUUGUUAUCAAUGUUGGGAUUAAUCCAAUUGAGGUGAGUUGGGUCUUUUUGGCUUCUUCACAAUGUUAGAGAGAGAGAGAGAUC